GAGCCCGCCCCGCCGCUGAGCGUCACCGAACCUGCUUGAAAUGCAGCCGAGGCGCCUGGGCGGGCGGCAGCGGCCACGGCGUUGGCGGGGGCAAAGCCAGAGGGAGCCCCGGACCCGCGGCGAGCACUUGGCGGGCUGAGGCUCGGCGGCGGCGGCUGCGCGCGGGGCUCGGGGCGCGGCGGCCGGAGCCCCGGGCCCGCCAUGAGCCGCCGGGAGCGGGGCGCGCUCGAGCCGCAGCUACUCGUGCUCCUCCUGGUGCUGCAGCAUCUCGCGGCGGCGGCGGAUCCGGCGCACGGCGGCCAAGGGCCCGUCAAGGCGUGUGAAAAGGACCAGUUCCAGUGUCGGAACAAGCGCUGCAUCCCGUUAGUGUGGAGAUGUGAUGAAGACGACGACUGCUCGGACAACAGCGACGAGGACGACUGCCCCAAGAGGACGUGUGUGGACAGCGACUUCACCUGCGACAGUGGCCACUGUAUCCCUGGGCGGUGGAAGUGUGACGGCGAGGAGGAGUGUCCCGAUGGCUCUGACGAGUCGGAGACUACUUGCACCAGGCAAGUGUGUCCUGCAGAGAAGAUGAGCUGUGGACCCACCAGUCACAAGUGUGUGCCUGCCUCGUGGCGCUGCGAUGGAGAAAAGGACUGUGAGGGUGGAGCCGACGAGGCCGGCUGUGCUACCUUGUGUGCCCCACACGAGUUCCAGUGUGGCAACCGCUCGUGCCUGGCCUCUGUGUUCGUGUGUGACGGCGAUGACGAUUGCGGGGAUGGCAGCGAUGAGCGAGGCUGUGCGGACCUAGCCUGCGGGCCCCGGGAGUUCCACUGUGGCGACAGCAGUGGCUGCAUCCCCGAUCGCUGGGUCUGCGACCGCCAGUUUGACUGCGAGGAUGGCUCAGACGAGGUGGCCGAGCACUGUGGCCGAGCAGGCCAGGGGACCACGUCUGCGCCCGCGGCCUGUGCUCCCAGCACCCAGUUCUCCUGCCGCAGCGGCGAGUGCAUAUACCUGGGCUGGCGCUGUGACGGCGACCAUGACUGCAAGGACAAGUCGGACGAGGCCGACUGCCCGGUGCUGGCAACCUGCCGUGAAGACGAGUUCCAGUGUGGAGAUGGGACAUGUGUCCUUGAGAUCAAACGCUGUAACCAGGCACGAGACUGUCCAGAUGGGAGCGACGAAGCUGGCUGCCUGCAGGAGUCCACUUGUGAGGGUCCCCGCAGAUUUCAGUGUAAGAGUGGCGAGUGCGUGGACGGCGGGAAAGUGUGUGAUGCUCAGAAGGACUGCCAGGACUGGUCGGAUGAGCUGCUGAAAGAGUGUGCUGCACCAUCAUCCAGGGGAAAGAGAAGGAGGCCCAGGGGACUGAAUGAGUGUCUACACAACAACGGUGGCUGCUCCCACAUCUGCACUGACCUCAAGAUGGGUUUUGAGUGCUCGUGUCCGGCGGGCCUCCGUCUUCUGGACAACAAGACCUGUGGCGACAUAGACGAGUGUGAGGACCCAGACGUCUGCAGCCAGAUCUGUGUGAAUUACAAGGGAUACUUUAAGUGCGAGUGCCACCCGGGCUAUGAGAUGGACACACUGACCAAGAACUGCAAGGCCGUGGCUGGCAAGAACCCGUCUCUAAUCUUUACCAACCGGCACGAGGUGCAGCGGAUAGAUCUGGUGAAGCGGGAUUACUCACGUCUCAUCCCUAUGCUCAAGAACGUUGUGGCCCUAGAUGUGGAGGUUGCCACCAAUCGCAUCUACUGGUGUGACCUCUCCUACCGCAAGAUCUACAGUGCCAACAUGGACAAGGCCAGCAACCCAGCAGACCAGGAGGUCCUCAUUAGUGAGCAGCUGCACUCUCCAGAGGGCCUGGCGGUGGACUGGGUCCACAAGCAUAUCUACUGGACAGACUCGGGUAACAAGACCAUCUCAGUGGCCACACUUGAUGGUCGCCGCCGAUGUACUCUCUUCAGCCGAGACCUCAGUGAACCCCGGGCGAUUGCUGUUGACCCCCUGCGAGGGUUCAUGUACUGGUCUGACUGGGGGUACCAGGCCAAGAUCGAGAAGGCUGGGCUCAACGGCAUGGACCGGCAAACACUGGUGUCAUACAAUAUUGAAUGGCCCAAUGGAAUCGCCCUGGAUUUGCUGAACCAGCGUUUGUACUGGGUGGACUCCAAGCGGCAUGAGCUGGCCAGCGUUGACUUCAGCGGACACAACAGAAGGAUACUCAUUUCCUCCUCUGAUUUCCUGAGCCACCCUUUUGGGAUAGCUGUGUUUGAGGACAAGGUGUUCUGGACAGACCUGGAGAAUGAGGCCAUUUUCAGUGCAAAUCGGCUUACCGGCCUAGAAAUUUCCAUCCUAGCUGAGAACCUCAAUAACCCACAUGACAUUGUCAUCUUCCAUGAGCUGAAGCAGCCAAGAGCUGAAGAUGCCUGCCAGCUGAGUGCCCAGCCCAAUGGAGGCUGUGAGUACCUGUGCCUUCCUGCUCCUCAGAUACCCAGCUCCUCUGUCAAGUAUACCUGUGCCUGUCCUGACACGAUGUGGCUGGGCCCAGACAUGAAGAGGUGCUACCGAGCACCUCAAUCUACCUCAACUACAACGUUGGCUUCUACUACAACAAGGACAGUAGCUGCUACCGCAAGAGCCCCUGGAACGACCAUCUACAGCUCCACCUACCAGAACCACACCACAGAGACACCAAGUCUGACCGCUGCAGCCCCAAGCUCAGUUAGUGUCCCCAGGGCUCCCAGCGUCAGCCCGUCUACCCCGAGCCCUGCAACCAGCAACCACUCCCAGCACUAUGGCAAUGAAGGUGGCAAGAUGGGCUCAACUGUCACUGCUGCUGUCAUUGGGAUCAUUGUGCCCAUAGCGGUAAUAGCCCUGCUGUGCUUGAGUGGCUACCUGAUCUGGAGAAACUGGAAGCGGAAGAACACAAAGAGCAUGAAUUUUGACAACCCAGUCUAUAGAAAAACAACAGAAGAGGAAGACGACGAUGAGCUCCACAUAGGGCGGACUGCUCAGAUUGGCCACGUCUACCCAGCGGCAAUCAGAAGCUUUGAUCGCCCAAUGUGGGCAGAGCCUUGUCUUGGGGAGACCAGAGAACUGGAAGACCCAGCCCCUGCCCUCAAGGAGCUUUUUGUCUUGCCGGGGGAACCAAAGUCACAGCUGCACCAACUCCCGAAGAACCCUCUUUCCGAGCUGCCCGUCGUCAAGUGCAAGCGAGUGGCGUUAAGCCUUGAAGAUGACGGCCUCCCCUGAAGAUGGGACCACCCGCUUCGUGCCUCCUGGAGUUCAGUCCCAUGCACUGCUCUCUCUGGAUGAUGUGUGACUGGAUGGAUGGGUUUCUAUAUAUGGGUCUGUGUGAGUGAGUAUGUAUGUAUGUGUAACUUUUAAAAAAUUUAUGUUGCGGAAAGGUAACCACAAAGUUAUGACGAACUGCAGACAUCCAAAGGAUGUGAGAGUUUUUAUAUGUAUAAUGUUUUAUACACUUUUUAACGGUUGCACUACCCAUGAGGAAUUCAUGGAAUGGCUACUGCUGAGCGACUAACACGAUGUACAUAACCAAACAGGCCAAUGGUACAGUACCUUACUCAUCCUUUAAAUGCUAUAUUUACAGAGGAUGUUUGAUCUGGGGGGACUUUUUUAGGUUUGGGGGUUUUGUUUCUGUAAAUAAAAUGAUUAUGCUUUGUGGCUAUCAAUCAACAUAAGUUAAAAAAAACACCUUCAACUGCCUCCCCCAUUUAGAUUAUUUAUUAACAUAUUUCAAAAAUAAGAUUAGUUCUAUAAAAUAAUUUAGAGAAGUGAAAGUAUUUAUUUUUGGUAUGCUUGGCCCAUGAUACAGACUCUGUGUGUGUGUGUGUUUAUGUGUGUAUGUGUGUGAGAGAGAACAAUCUGUAGAGAAGAGGCACAUCUAUAGCUGUUGUUCAGAUACAUAAAUUUAUUUUAAAUCUGUACACAAGAAGGGUAUCUGCAGUUUUCGGAGAAACCUUUGGUUUGUGCAAACAGGUAGUAGAAGAGGCAGAUCUUUUCAUCUGUGGCUGCUAUGACUCCCAGCUGGGCUUUCUUGUCUGUGGCUAAGGUCAAGGUACAGAUGCCGUGUUAUGCAGUGCCAGAUGUUCUAGUAAGCUCAAAAGACAGCACACAUGCUUGUCAGAGCAAGCGAGUCCUUGUUUUAACAUUCAGUUCUUUGAGUAACUUCUUUAAUUUCUGUUAGGACACUGGGAUUGAGUCAAGUCAGCUUCCUCUGAAGUACCCUGAGGGUACCAUCCUUACAGAGCUAAAAGGAGACAUUUCUAGAACAGCCCAAGUUUGCUGUACAUUCUGGCCCAUGCUGUAGAUGCUGUAGAUGAGGAUAAAGAUGUGGAGUAGGUUUAACCAUUUCUUUUAGCUGGAGGAAGGAUUUUAAAGUUAAGAAACAGAUUUCUUACCAUCACAUGUUCAUAGAAAAAGUAAAUUUUGGCUUAAGUCAGAAAAAGUGGCCAAACCUAAAGUCAUAUUUGAGGGGAAAUGGCAUAUGCAAUAUUAUAGCACAUUGGAUAAAUAUAUUCACACAGCCAUUUGGUUUUUUGCUUUGUAAAUAAAAGGAAAAACUGGGUGUAUGUACAGAUUUUUUUUUCCAUGAUUGAUACCUUCUUUGCUUUUUCCUUGGCCUUGGGAGAGGUGAGGAGAAGAGUUACUUUCUAUCUGUGGGGUCACCACUGGAUACAUAACCUACAGUCCUGGAAGGAAUUCGGUCAGCAUUGGUUCCCUCAUCCGAAGUGUGCUCUUUCUUUAACUCUGCUGUUCUGUUACUCCAUUCCUGCUAGACAACCAGGCACCCGCACAACAUGGAAAUGUUUGGCCUAAGUAGGAGCAGACGACUUAUCUUACCUUAAAUACCUGGAACUUGACAUACUUAAGCAAUGCCUCCCUACUCCUACCCUCCAGCAUCCCCAGCUCUGAAGCGUGGAUGUCUCAACAACAUUUUGAAUUUCUGGGCAGACAAUCUGGAGUUCUAUCAUCCUGUUCCUAGGACUUUUCUCUGCAUCACUCUUGGUCUCCUAACUUCUAAGGAAACAACCAUGUUCAGAGCCUCCAAGGCACUGUUUUACAACACCCUCAUGACACACAUGUGUUGACAGCUCUGAGACAUUCACUGAAAGACAUUCAUCAGUUGCCCUAGAACCAUACCAAACAAAAUUCUAAGAACAGGUGGCCGACUCCUGUGGAGCUUAAUCACUACUAUUCUUUCAAAAGUGGGAAGUAAAAUUAUUUUUGACAAGAAAAGUGAUGAAAGUGAGAGACACUGAAAUUUAAGACAAGUGACUUUUUCUGUGAUACACCUCCAAAGGAACUGAAAUCCCAAAUUAAAUGAUAAUGUGGCUAAUGUAUAGUUUUUAAAUGUUUAGUCAAAUCCUGUCCUUCAGAGACAGAGAAAAAAAAAUCAUGAAUAAGGCCAGACCUACAACCUGCGACCUUAAAAUGAUGCAACUCAGAAUUCUUUCAGAGACGUUCCUAUUUCCUACAACUGCAGUGUGAAAGAGGCAGCUGUGAGAGGAACCCGUAAGAAACAAACGGAAAAUACAUGUUGGACGGCAGUAACUGAGAUGAAACCAGAGGAGUCGGAUCUACAUUCCUCCUAUUCUUGGAGGCUUUUGAGCCUUGUUUGAGGUAUAGUUUCAUUUCCUUCCACCAUGCCUAUGUAUUUAUAGCAAAAGCAGAUCAUAAAGUCCCUGGACUAUACAGUUGGAAGAAACCUAACAGAUAAUGCUAGCAGGGCAGUAGACAAGAUUUCCUCUAUUUGUAAUAAACAAAGAAGUUAGCCUAGUCCUUUUCCUUCUCCAGGAGACACCUUUGGGUUCCCUGAACAUUGUUUCAAGCCUGCUUCCUAUCCUGUCUUUCUGGCUAACUUGUUCACUGGUAGAAAAGGGAAAACUAAAACUUUACUCCUGACAGCGUGACUGCAUAUAAAACAGAUUGAAGUACUAAUGGUAACCUUGGCUGGCAAAAGGGAAAGGAGACAGGAUUUAAGUGUAUGGCACUAAGUACUAGCUAGCCCUUCAGUUAUCUCUGUGAUUGCGGUACAUUACAUACAUUCCCUAAAACCGUUUAUUAGGUACCAACAGUACACCAGGCACUGCAGAUACAAAGGUCAGUUAAAAUGUUUUCUGUCCUUAUAGAUCUCACAGUAAUGAGGAGGAUAUCUGUGGAUAGAAAAAAGGAAUAGUUUCCAUGUAGAGUACUGUUAGGGAACAAAAGGAGUCAUCCUACCUGAGGAGAGGAGGAAGAGGGUGGGGUCAUUAACCUUAGACUAAGUCUUAAAAAUUAAGCAGGGGUGUCUAGGCUGCUUCUGGCAAAGGAAACACUGAGCUCUGAGGCAGGAACCAGCAUGGGAACUUUAAGGAACUGCGUGUAGUUCAUUAUAAGUGGAGUGAAAGACUAAAGUGGAUUUACUAAGAAAUGAGGCUGAAUGCAAAAAUAGGUUCCAAAAAUACUUUACAUUUGAUUUAAUUAAGCAAACAUCUCUCGAUCAUUUAUCUUGUACAGGGCACUACGUGGAACGUAGGACGUGUUGCUAGCACUUUGCAGACAUAACAUUAUUCAGCCUCAGGCUUUCCAGGGACCACAGGGAAAUGUUGAUUGUUUUUCAUGCGUAUGAGUCAGAUAUUUCUGAUACAGUUAAUGAAAACAAACAAAGGACAGUGACAGUUUCACAGAAGCAUGCCAUGUUAUCAAGACCCUCUUAGAUUUUCUGAACUGCAAGAAAUGAAACUGGAAAUUUGAAAGAAGUGGUCUAGAGAAAGGAUCCCAGUCACUACACAGUCAGGAACUGGUGGGAGUGGGGUAAGGGCCAUUUGGAUCCCCCACCCCGGCUCUCGCCUAUGCUCAUCAUUUCACAGAAUAUAAGUGAGUUAGUUUAAAGUUUUAGAAUAAAUGAUUUCCUUUCUCAUAAAUGCAUGACAAUAGAGACUCAAGAAUCUUCUCACACUAUAUUUUUAGGGUACUUGGAAUUUUCAGGAUAAUGAGGAUUUUAGAAGAUAGAGGAAUUACAGCUUCAAAUUUUCAGUUAACAUAAAUCAAGAUGCUUUUCAUUCAGGCUGUGCACCAUGUGCACGGUCAAGCAUCAGCAGAAACCCUCUGUAUUUGCAAACACUUUGUGCUAUAAAAAGUAAUUUUAAAACAUCUGUAUAAAUAUAUAUAUUUAAAGACAAGGUUUUGAUACUUUUUUACAAAAAUUACAAGAUAAAUAACUGUACAGAUUGUGUGCUUUUAAAACAGCAUUUUGUUCUACAGAAACCUGUUAAUUUGAGGGUGAAGUACUGGUUUGUAAACUCCAUGUUGUAUGCAAAUGGAUUUCCCUGUCUUCCUCAUGACCCCAGAUUACCGUUUUGCUGUCACAGUCCAGCAUGUUAGAAGGCUGGAUCGCACUAAAACCUUUCUGCUUUGUCUUGUCCUUCGGCGUUGUUAGGUCUGUGCGGGUGUCCUCUGCAGUGUGGCUUCUCUUCCAGGGGCAGAGGGACAGGAGGGGGUGCGCUCGCCUCACCAGCUGUGCUGACAUCGUCUUGGUGAACUGAAAACCAAAUGUGGACAUCUGUAAAAUCAGUGCACUGUUUCUAGAAAGAAAUUAAAUCCAUUUUAAAAAAUC